UGCUUAGAACUUUUAUUUUGUCAACGUAUCAUACGCAUAGACUGUAUACGUCAUAGGUCUGCUGCUUCUAGCUUCGUUUUUACAACAACUGUGAGAACUAGCUAGACGUGUUAGCUAAGAUUUUCGGACACAUUUGAAGAUGGUUUGCGAGAAGUGCGAGAAGAAGCUGGGGCGAGUCAUCACUCCCGAUACCUGGAAAGAUGGGGCUAGAAACACAACAGAGAGCGGUGGUCGAAAGCUUAAUGAAAAUAAAAUGCUGACAUCAAAAAAAGCCAGGUUUGAUCCUUAUGGGAAAUCUGGAUUUGCCAUAUGCAGAAUAUGCAAAAGCUCUGUCCAUCAGUCUGGUUCACAUUACUGUCAGGGAUGUGCUUACAAAAAAGGAAUUUGUGCCAUGUGUGGAAAGAAGGUUAUUGACACCAAGAACUACAAACAGACCUCGGUUUGAUUUAUUAUUGGAUUAUAGAGAUCUGUCUUUAUCUGAGAAGUGGAUGUUUGUGGAUAUCUGUGUUGACUCUUCCACGUGUUGAGAAUGAUCACUUGAGUUAGGGCUGGACAAUAUAUCGAACGAUAUAUUGUCCAGCCCUAACUUGUUCACAAACGAGUUUAGUCUGCUGUGUUUUGUGGUGCAAAAGGAGUGCACUAGUUUAUGACUGUAUUUAUAUAAAAUGUCAGUGGUAUUUUUCUCUCACUAAACAACCUUAGAGCAAUAUAUUGGCUUGUACUGUUUGGACAAUGUAGAUGCCUUUGAGUACAUUUGCUGGGGAACAUGUUUUGAAAAUGUUCUUAUUUAUUCGCAACCUCUUUUUUUUUUUUUUAAGUAAAUAAUUUAUCAUUUUUUAAUACUACUGAACAUGACAAUGAUUAGGCCAUUUAAUUAAAAUAAAAUAAGUUCUCUUCAUGGCAAUUUAUUGCCCUUUUUUACUUAUUUAGCCAUUGGCUUUUACCAAAGUCUAGACUUUGACUUUUAAAUGUUACCUCUUCCCACAGUUAAAAAAAUAUGAAUAUAUCUAUCUCGUUUGAUGUGAAAUUUCCUCUACUAUUUUCAAGGCAUUGUCACUAUUAUAAAAUCUAAUGUAAAUAUGAAACAAAUAGACCAUGACAUACCAAUAUAAGACAGCUACAAGUUCAGUGUACAGUUAUGUUUAUAGUCUGUUUCCAUUUCAUAUUCUUCUGCCACUGGUUCUUUUUGUCAACACUGUUCCAGAAGUUUUCUUUUGGUGUUCAUUUGGAAUUUAAUUUCUCUUGGAUCCACAUAAUUGUAUAAUAGAGUUUGUAGAGAGUAACUGUUAUGGAUGCUCUUAUUACAGUAUGUAUGUAUUUUUUUGCCAUAUUUUAAGUUUGAGAAGUCACAACAUAGCAAUACUUAGAUUCUGUAUAAUAUAAUUUCCUUAAUAUCAAUUCAAUUAAGAAUUGUCCGGGACACCUAUUACAACGUGAAACUGUUUUUACAUCUGUAAAUAUUUCUUGACAAAUAAAAUUGAGACAACA